AAACAUUAGUUAAAGUCAAGUUCCUGGCCAUUUAUAGACAAAUUCUCAAGAAAAUUGAAGUGGAAAUCCAAAUCUGAAAUGAGUAGGAUCAUUUGGUUUUCGCUCUUCUUGUUGCUAAUCUCUCAAACCGAUCAAGUCCAAAGCUCCUACGCUGGUUCAGCUAGUUCCAUCAUCAACCCUUCUAAAGUCAAACAGAUUUCAUGGAAUCCAAGAGCCUUUGUUUAUGAAGGUUUUCUCACCGACUUGGAGUGCGAUCACUUGAUUUCUUUAGCGAAAUCGGAGCUCAAGAGAUCUGCUGUUGCGGAUAAUCUUUCUGGAGAUAGUCAGUUAAGUGAUGUUCGAACAAGCUCUGGCAUGUUCAUUUCCAAAAACAAGGAUCCUAUUAUUUCUGGUAUUGAGGACAAGAUUUCUGCUUGGACCUUUCUUCCUAAAGAAAAUGGAGAAGACAUGCAAGUAUUGAGAUAUGAGCAUGGACAGAAAUAUGACCCACAUUAUGAUUACUUUACUGAUAAAGUUAAUAUAGUUCAGGGAGGACAUCGUCUCGCAACUGUUCUCAUGUAUCUCACUAAUGUGACCAAAGGCGGUGAAACUGUAUUCCCAGAGGCUGAGGAACCUCGACGUCGCAGGGGUUCUGAAAAAAGUAGUGAUCUCUCUGAGUGUGCCAAAAAAGGAAUAGCAGUGAAACCAGUUCGAGGGGAUGCACUUCUUUUCUUCAGUCUUAACACACAUGCUAGCCCGGACACUAACAGUCUCCAUGCUGGAUGCCCAGUACUCGAAGGGGAGAAAUGGUCAGCGACCAAAUGGAUUCAUGUAGACUCGUUUGAUAAGAUUGUAGGCGCUGGAGGGGGAUGCUCCGAUCAGCACGACAGCUGUGUGAGAUGGGCUUCCCUUGGAGAAUGCACUAACAAUCCUGUGUAUAUGGUUGGAUCUUCAGAUCUUCCUGGAUACUGUAGGAAGAGCUGUAACGCAUGCUAGAAUUUUCACCAAAUGCUCUCUGGAUUCUACUUUGUAUCGGAGAGUUGUAUGAAUGAAUGAUGUAAUACAAUAUGAUAUUUUUCAUAAAUUACUCAACAAUGUUCUAAUUAUUGUUUAAAUAGAAUAGAAAUUCAUAAUGUUUUAUUGUUGAUAAAA